CCUCAGUGGGCUCAAAGGAUCGUCAUUUAUUGGUAGAUAUGAUCGCCUCACCACGAUUGCUGGAAAUUUCAUGUUGAUUUUAUGAAAACUGCUUUAUUGAGAUCUGGAACCUUUGGGGAACAUUUUGUUCAGCAUUACCACCAACUCAAGAAGCAAUGCACAGAGUUAGCUAUAAGCUGUAUAAUAUAAGGAGUUAAAUUUAUGACUGACAGCAUUAGAAUAAAAAGAUGAUUGAAGUGGUUGUACUAUGAAACUGAUUUCAAGAUUAUUUUCUGUGCACAUUGACUCCAUCAGUUGCAAGAAGGAGCGUCUUCAGUUUUAAUCUUAUCUGUUCUCUCCUCUGAGUGACUUGUACUGCUGUCAGUUUCUAUUACUCUUAACCUGUGGAUGUAAUAGGAAUGGUGUAAAAUUUCUGACUUGGAAAACCUGCUGGAUGAACCAUACUUUUUUUCAUUUAAUGAUCCACUCAGAUUUCAACUCUGAAUGCAGCUUUUUAAAAAUGUUUUUAUCGUGGAUUUAUAGAAAGGGGAGUUCUUGAUGAAAGAAGCAAAGUGAUGUGAAACCAUAGGACUUGGAGAAGUGAUUUACAAGAAUAGUUCUAAAUGUUUGACUUCAAUGAAUUAUUCAUAGAAAGACCAAGAAAUCAUCUGGAUAAAUCACCCACAAGAAAAAGAAACAGUUGAAGUAAUUUACUUAGAAUUCUGCUCAGAAAGUUGUUGAAAAUAGGCCUUGUAACUGGUUCUGUGUCUGUAAGGAGUCUUUUAUUGCCUCUCAAGUGAUGGAUGAUUUUACGCCUCUUUUGAACUAGACAGGAAUACCAAUAGAAGUAGCACAACUUCUUGGCAGCUGAAAGGUGUUUUUGCCCUUGAUUUAAGAUUCUUUCUUCUAUCAAAGUACCUGAGAAGAAAAAAUAAUGUAUUUUUAACUAUGUCAUAAGUUAAAGUCCUUCUUGUUAAUUCUGGGGAAUAUUGAUGGACCCAUUUUAAGCCAUAUCCUAGUAUAUGCUCACUUUUGUGCAAACCUCAUCAAAACUGGAUAGGUAAUAUGGUGAAAGUUACUUGAGAAAAGUUGCUUAAAAUUCAUGCAGUCUUGCUUGCUUGAUAAACAUCAAUGAAAUCACAGAAAUGAUUAAUCCAAUUAUGUAUCAAAAUUUGGAUAUAAGCAUUGCAUCCCUGGAAAAUGCAAAUGGAGUCUCAAAGGUAAAACAGUCUUGUUGAGAGAAUUCAUGAACCGUGGGCCAAAGCGAUUUCAUGGUAAUUCCCAUUACUGGGUCAAUUACCAGUAGCAACACUCUGGGAGUUAGGACCUUUUGAGCAACCUCGUUAACUCUUAUGACCAGGUUUUUUUCUUGUUCUUUACCUCCUCCGUGAAAAAAAUUAGGAUUAAUUAUAGACCAGACAACUGAUGAAAGUCAUUACAGGCUGGAAAACAGUUGAUGAAGAAACGCAGACUUAAUGUCAAGUUACUGUUUUGAAAGCAACUCCUUCUCCAGGCGAAGAUUUUUUUUAACCAAGGAUGUUUUUUAACAGUGUAGAAGCUGGGGUAUACACAUUACAUAGCCAAGGUGGAAGGUGUAACCAUAUCGUUGACUUCUAAGGAGUUGGAAGUUUAUAUAUAUUUGUGUGCUGAGAGGUGCAAAGAUAUGGGUGAUUAACCAUCCAGAGAAGGAGGUGGGCUGAUUGUACUGAAACAGUUUUGGAUAUUUAUCUUGCAGAGUUUUAUAAACCGUUGCUUGCUCUCUCUCACUCUCCCUGUUAAUGUUGGAGAUAAGGUUAGAACAAAGUGAAUUUAUUGGAAUAAUUCAGGAGUCUGCUUUUCAGCACUUCGCUGGGGUUAUAACAUGUAGUUGACAGAGGAGAGUUAUUUGAUAAUUACUGCUGUCCAGGAGUUGGAACUUUUCAUCCUAUCCAGUACAGUACAGUGCACGGAAGGAUUCCCUAAUAUGUUGCAGAACUCGGCAGGGCAGCUGUCGUUGUGUGAAAGAUUUCAUGAUUUAAAAAAAUCAGUAUCGUAAAAGCAGAUGAAAGUGAUCAAAAUUUAUGUCAUUUCAUGGGUCAACACCAAUGUCUGUUCCAAGUUAAAUGGAACAAUCUGUGGAUAGAUGUUCGAGUGGAAAUUGAAAAGAAGAAAUUGAAAAAAAAUGUUGGAAAAAGUGCAGAAUUGGUCAUGGGGUUAAGAAGAGGCUUAACUUUUAAAUGGAAACAAGCUGGGGGAAAAUGUCAGAACACUUAGUACCGAGAGAUUGUGAUGUAACACACCAUUGGGAAUCCCAGCAGAGAAAAAAAUACUGUUGCAGUUUAUGUAGUGCAGAUUUAGGGUCAGCAAAGAUAAUGUUACCCCUGCACCUUGUUUGCACUUAUUAGUGAGCGCCUUGUUUUUUGACCCAUGACCAAAGGACACCAAGAGAGCUUGGAGAGGAUUUGUACUCCUUGUCUUUUAGUGUCAGGACAUUUUUGGCAUCUGACGUAAUAGUAAGAGCACCUAGCGAGGAAGAUGAUGGCAGCCCCUUAGCGAACUGUGUGUGUUGGGUUGCAUCCAAGCAGAAGGCUGCGAAAGGUGGUUACUUGACUUUUUAUUCAAAGAAACAUGAUUUUGGAUGUUCUUGUGCUUGUACUUGGAAUUUGUUGUGUUUACUUUGAGUGUGGUCACUGCAAGUUUAAAACAAUAAGGGAGAAUUUACGCAGGGAGAGAGAAACUCAUUAAUCUGUGGAUUUCAGUCUCUCUAGAGUGCAGGGUUAAAGUGGUGUGCACCUCAGAUACCUUAUGCGGAGAAUUCGCAGAGGAUUUUCAGAGGAGAUAUGAGGUUGUGUGGAAUACCUGAUUAAAACAACAUUGGAAACCUUAGCACCAAUACUGAGUAACCGAACUAGAAAUAUUUACUUUGGAAAACGUGCGUAUUUCAGAGAAAUAUUUUUUUUAAAAUCUGUGUUAAUAUUUCCUUUCCAUUCCAUCUGGAUAACUGUGAUGGAGAAAUCACAGAUACGAUUUUCACUGUGUCGACUGGUAGCAAUCAGCAAAUGUCAUGUUUCUAAUUGAAUUACUCCUUCUGGGGGCUCGCCUUGUCAACAGUAACGGCAAAGUGGAUAAAAUGACAUUAGAAGCAAAUCUGCACAAAUUCUAGACUUCUUUUCCUCUGGGAAUUUACCUUUUGAAUAGACCUCACUCAGGUAACUUCUGGGAAAUAACUUGAAUUUGCAGAAACAGUGUAGAAAUUCUGAGGAUUCAUCAUUACGUUUGUGAAAAAUGUUUUAUGUCAUUAAUCUGAAAAAGUCAUUCCUGGAAGUCAAUCGUUGUCUGUGACAUAAUGUUCCAGAAGGGAUGAAUUUAGAUGAGAUUAUUUGUGGUUAUUUUGGACAAUACUCGUGUACACAGAGGGUGUAAAAAUGUAUAAAGUCAGUGAAGAUGUGGAGCUGGCCCUUCAGCAGGGGAAGAUGGCCUCCAUGUUGUGUUGCGGAAGCAAAUGGAGCAAAGUCUCAUUCAUGAUGGCCGAGGGGCGGAAGGCGCAGGUGGUCCUACUGGACGAGAGAAGACUGGACAUGAUGGUACAGCCCAAGCUGUAUGCAGGGGAUCUCCUGGACAUAGUGGCCUCACAUUUCAACCUCAAAGAAAAAGAAUACUUUGGUCUUUGCUUCCUGGAUGAAACAAACCACUUCACCUGGUUACAGUUGGACAGGAAGGUGUUGGAACAUGAUUUCCCAAAGAAACAGUCCACGGGGACGCUGAUCCUCUACUUCUCUGUCAGGUUCUAUAUAGAAAGUAUAGCCUACCUCAGAGACAAAGUGACAGUGGAAUUAUUUUAUCUGCAGGCAAAACAAGCAAUUUUUAAGGGUACAGUCGAGUGUGACAGCGAGACAGCUUUUGAGCUAGCAGCGCAUGUGUUGCAGGCAGCACAUGGAGAUUACGAAGACGAUGAUAUAACUCGUAGUCAGCUAAAGAAACUUCCUGUUCUCCCAACCAGUAUAUUUAAGGACCAUCCUUCUAUACAGUACUGUGAGGAUAGAGUUAUAGACCAUUAUAAGAAGUUAUCAGGGCAGUCCAGGGGGUCAGCUAUUGUGAAGUAA